UUUCAUUGUUACUGUCAGCAGGUGAGAAGGACAUUCAUUUAAAAAAGACUAAAAGAGGCUAUUUUUUUUGUACCGGUAGACAGUAAGUUGGAAUGCAUGCAUCAGUUAUAUUUAUAAUUUUAAGGUGCACUUUAUUCUUGUUGCAUGAAGAUAAUUAACUUUUAUAAUCUGCAACACCUGAGUCAAUAUAAGUAUUUUUCAUUGUUGCCGACACAAUACAUCAAUAUUAUCAAAUACUUUUAAUCAUAAAACUUAAUAAGUUGCCUCUGUCACAUGCACAAUAAACUAUGUUUGGAUGUACUACAUGUAAAAACAGGCAUGGAUCAAAUGGAUCAGUGCAGAUGUCAUUUUGCACUGUCAGAACAUGUUUUGCCCUUUUUCACAGGUCAUAGCAUCAUUUGUAAGGAUGCAGAAUAUAAUUAGGAAAUGGAAGUUAAAUCAAGAACUUUUCCAUUGUCUACAAAGUGUAACAAUGCUAAAUAAUACUAGCAUAUACCAUUUUUUUUAAUGAAAUCAUGUUUUUGCCCCUCAUUUUUUAUUUCAAUCUUGGUGAAACAACCCUCCUACCCGUUAUAAGUUCAUCUCUGAAAAAUAUACCUCAUGCUUAAAAUAAAACAAACUAUAAGAGUUCAAUAAAAUAAUAUACUAGAAAGACAAUUGCAUUAAGUAUGUAGCCCAAAGUUUAAAUUAAGAUGAAUGGAUGGCUGAACAAAUCAUAAUCACAUGGAUGAUGCAUAUUUAUAAUUUAUAUGGAAAAUGUGAUGAUUUGUGUUUCCAUCUGAACUUAGGGGCAGAAUAAAACAACAACAAUUUCUAUGUAGACUGUCAAGUAAUUCAGUCUACGAACCUUUCAACAUGAAUCAGUGAAGUAAAUAACAAGGAAAAUAGUCUGUAAAAAUGAUCUUCUUGGUGAGUUCAAAAGAUCAUUGUUCUUAAGACACAGAAACUGUCUCAAUAAUUAGCCAAAUUGAUUUUCUUAUCUAACCCUGAUCUGUUCUGAUUAGCUUUAUCUCAAACAACAUAGCAAGUCAAAUACAAAACUUGUCAUCCAUAACAAGCAGUAAAAAUAUCAGCUGGAUUUUUUAAAUGAUAUCAUAUCACGAAAAUACAUCUUGAUUUUAUUAGGGAUAGAGUGAUAUAAUGUUUGGAGAAAUGAUUACAUCAAAUAUAUGCCACAGUCAUUUUAUACUGCAUAAUUAUUUAUAGUUCAGUUAUUGUGUGCUGUUUAAAAAGAAUAUUUCUUCUUGCCUGCUCUAAAGACAAACUGUACCUGAUGUCAAGUCUAGUGGUUAACCUUCAUCAGGAAAUCAUCUUAUACAGGAAAUGUGUUAAUAACUACUUUUAAUUUAAUAUUUUUCAACAUUAUAAAAGCCAAAGGGGACAGUCAAUCCAUUUCCGAUACCAUUAAAGAGAGAUUUGCUGCACAUAUUGUAUGAAGAUGGCCAAUAGUACCUCAAGAUUGGAUCAAGAUGCUUCUCUAGCAAGUUUUGAACUUCUAGGACCAGUGGGAGAGAAACUGUUUGCCCCUACCUGUGUUUCUGUGUCAUCAACAGGAGAAUAUGUAGUAUCUGACAGUGAAAGUUGUUUUAUAGUAAUUUACAGUAGUUUUGGAGAAUAUCUAUGUCAUUUCAGCACAAUACCAAAAUCUAUAUUUUAUCUUUUACUGAACCUGGAAAAGCACAGACCUCAUGAUGUAGCCUGGCUGUCAUCUAAAAGAGUUGUCUAUACACAACCCUGGGGUUCUAAAGUAACAAUUUCAAAUUGGAAUGGUAAUAAGACUACUUGUUUGGAAGGGAAGCCUCUGUAUCAACCAUUUGGUGUUUGUGUUGAUAACUUGGACCAAAUUUAUGUAACUGACAAAGACAAAGGGAGAAUACUCUGUUAUAGCAGUGAAGGAAAGUUAAUAAAAACUUUCGGUGGAUUGGCAUCGAAUGGAUUUAGUUUACACAAUCCACAUUACAUUGUACUCAAUAAGGCAGGAGAUAUUGUGUUAAAUGAUAUUAUCAAAGACUGUGUUUGCAUUAAAAUGUAUGAUAGAUUAAGUGGGAAUUUUAAAACUGUUUCUACAGACACAAUCAGUCGAUUAGGAGCUGGAAGUUUAGCCAUUGAUUCUGAAAACAAUAUAUGUAUGACUGAUCACCAUAAAAAUGUGGUGAAAGUUAUCAAAAAUGAUUCAAAUGAAAACCUUGAAAUGAAUAAUGUUAAAGAUCUAUGUGGGAUAGCUUUAAACCAUGAUGGAAAUCUGGUGUGUAUAGACAAUCAGGACAAAACCAUCAAAAUAUUUCCCUGGGGUAAAGAUCAUCUCCAUUGUAAUGGACAUAUACAAUCAUCCUUAGAUAUUACUGUAGAUAACAAUUAAACAUCUUUAAUAUAUCAAACAUAGUUCAUUUUCCUCAUUAAAGUGAAUCCUUCCUUCA